CCCCGUUAACCACGUUUAUUUUUUCCAAUCCAUUCUCUAUUGUACAUACGUGGAUAGAAUGGCAAUGGCGAUUCACCAUGUCCGACGAAAACACUGCUACUACUAAUACUACUAUUACUACUACUACUACUACUAAUAAUCCUCCCCCGCUAACCGUCACCGCAUCGUCCUCGCCGACAGACGAGCGGCGGCCCCCUCUUCCUCUCCCUGUGAGCGUGCCUCGAGACACUCCCACCGACGAGACAAAGAAUGACAUCGAGAAUGAGCGGAAACGCGCCCCGGAGCUCAGCGACCGAAAUAGACGCCUCGCCGGCCCUGGUCUGAAAUGGCACAAAGCGUACAACGACCUCGACGUCUUUGGCGGGCGGGUUCUCGUCGUUGAUUUCGCGAGAAGCGGCGAUGCAUCACACAUCCGCAAAGUCGCCGCGCAAGAAAUCUUCAGCCUCUCCAACCUGGAGCGGCUAUACAGCAAAACACCUUCUGGAAAUACGAAAACGCCAGCGAUGCGCGUCAUCCACGUGCAAAACGCGGACUGGGCGGUGCCUUUCUUACUACGCAAAUUCCAUAUUACUAGCAACCACGACGACGGGAACAGUACUCUAGGUGGCGGUUUUGGGCGGUAUUUGCGCUACAAAAAACCCGAAAUGCGUGGCGGAAAGCCCUUUUUGACGGGCAAGACGUGGAAAGUGCAGUAUGAUCCGUGGAGAGGCGUGAAUAGGACGAGUUUCGGGUUGGAUUAUAUCAAGAGCUUCCCUCACACCAGCAGUAGGAGUAGAGGGGAGGUGGAUAUGAUGAUGCAGUUGAAUGAUUUCGAUGAAAAUGAUGAGCCGAUUUGUAGCCAAGAUGUGUACGUGCAACGGGUAAGCUGCUAUAUCCAGCACGCCCAAUCACCCAGCGAAAAACGACUGUCGGUGGACGAGCUCCCUCUGCGGAAACAUUUCUACCCAUCUGACAACACCACCGACGAGGGCAUCAUCAACGGCGCGCUCAAAGACAAAUCCGAAUUCCUGCCUCGCCUGCGCAGUCUGGACAACGGCAACGUGAUCAUCAUCUUCGACAACUCGUCCUCGGGCAGCAUCGACGACACAUUGAUCCCCGCACGGCGCGAUCUCGAGUGUCGAUGGCGUCGACUACCCUUUCACUUGGCAUUCGAGUCGCGCGAUCCCAUUGAGAAUGAUGACGAAAAGCUCGCGUUGAACUGCUCCAAGGCGAUAUUACGGGAUAUCUUCAAGGCCGUUGUGGGCGCCUGGGAUGGGUUUCUGGAUCGUGCCGUCACGCAUAUGACGAUUCUCGAAGAUAAGAUUUAUGAGCAGCCCGCUGAUGAGAGUAGGGCGCCGGAGUUGUGGGCGAAUUCGAGCGCGUGGUUGAAGGUUGAGAAGCUGGUGAAUGUGCAUAGGAGUGUCAUGAAUGAGACGAAGGCGAGGUUGCAUGAGUUGACUGACGACGUCGAUGCAGAGGAUAACUGGCUCGACGACAGCCCCGGCGAUUUCGAGCGUCUGACGAAUCUGAUCACCGAGGACCUGACCAAGCCGACCGAAUCGCUGAUCUCGCUUCUAUACCAGAGCGUGUCGAUCCGGGACAGCAGACACAGCCUCGAACUAGGCGUUAGCAUGUGGCGGCUGAGCUGGAUCACAUUCAUCUUCCUCCCGCUGACCUUCAUCGUGGGCUUUUUCGGAAUGAACGUUGACACCUUCUCCACCGACCCCAGCAUAAAAUGGUAUUUUGUCUCUGCCAUCCCAUUCAUGCUCGGCGUAAUCGCCAUCUACUUCUUCACCAAACGCCUGGCGACCAAGAACCGUCGCACGCCGCACGAACGCGCCGUCUACGAGUCGUUCUUCCAGGAAAUGGCCACUGCCAAUCCCACCCUGUGGACGCGCCACGGUCCACGCACACACAUCUCUCCCAAAUCAGGUCUUACUAGUGUUAUGCGGCUGAAAUGGCGGUUUGUGACGAGAUGGCUGAGGCCCGAGAAUACGAUUAUCCUCGACCCGGAAGACGCGGCCGUUGGUGGCGGUCUAACGGCGGAUGGGUUGGGACUGGUGGACAGGAUUCAACGGUGGUUGGCGAGGCGCUGGACGGGGGAGAUUGCGCGGGCGAAAGUAUGGGCAGGGGAUGAGGAGGAGGGGUUGAUGAUGGAGGACGUGGAGGAGAGGAUGAGUGGGGAGCAUUCGAUUGGGGAGGCGUUGACCGAGGUUGCGGAGACGGUGGUUGCGCCGGGCGUGCCGUUUGUAGGGCGGACAGCCAUCGUAGCUGAUGCUGAGGAGAAGCAUGAUGUGGCCUUGUUGACGGUGCCGGGGACGAAAGCUGCUGCACAGCAGACAAGUCAGGACCAGGACGAGCUGGUAAACCCCGUUAUUGCAGCGGCCACGCUGCGUGAUGAGCGCCGCGCGAGGAGUAAUAGUGGCAGGAGUAGGAGUAGCGGGAGGAGCAGGAGUAAUAGCGCGAGGAAUAGUGGUUCGGUGCUGGUGGAAGAGGAGGAUGCAGACUGGUUGCAGGAGAGAGGCAGGAAGGGGAAGAAUUGGCUCUGGCGGCGGACGGCGUCAGGGGGAGAGGCGGAUUCAAGUUACAGGGAGAGUUGAGAUAGAUAUAUAUAAUAUAAAUGAUGGUG